AUGGAGCAGGCUCUAGGACCCUUUGUGGCACGACAGCACGAGGAGGCAGCAGCAUGCCAUGUGUUGGUGGAGGGGGUGGCAGCAGCAGUGGACGAGGUGGAUAUAGUCACGUGCUUCACCAGUGCGCAUGAACACCUAGCUGCGCUGCACCGCUUCCCCCAGCACCACCUCGCCGUUGUCUCCUUCAGCGCACCAUCGGAGGCAUGUCAUGCGCGCAAGGUGUACAACGGAGUGCACCUGCACGGCACACCCGUCACCACUCGCUACCUCCUCUCACAGGUCCCUCCGCCCGACGUUUUCAGCGAGUUCCCUCCCAUGCCCACCGCUGCCGCCGCGCCUGCAGGGGCUUUAAGGGGGGCUGAUGGGGCACGGAGAGGUGGAGGAGGGGCAGCAGGGGGGGGAGGGAGGGCAGCGGGAGGAAGGGCGGGAGGAGGGAGUGAGGGAGCCAGUGGGGGAGGAGCGGGAGCGGCUUGGAUCAGGGUGGAGCCUGCAGCGAGGGAGGCACGGACAGCCCCUUCAAACCCAUCAAAGCCCAACAAGCACCCAUCUGCCUCCGCCGCUACCCCAUCUACCGAUCCACCUGCUCCCUUCACCAAGCCAUCCAAGCGCACCCCUGUUCCCGCACCCGCUGCUGCCCCUCCCCCUGCCCCUGCUCCUGCUCCUGCCCCUGCUCCUGCUCCUUCCGUCGCACCCGCUCUUGUAUCCCAUGGCUCGGCAUCUGCUGUUGUGCGUGGAGGUGGGACGAGUGGGGAGGAGGAGGGUGGGCGGGGUGAGAGUGGUACGGUGAUGUCGAAGAAAGCAAUGAAGAAGCUGCGGAGGAGGCAACGGGAGGAGGAGAAGGCGAGAGUGGUGGAAGAAGGGGGGGGAAGGGAUGUGGAGGAGGAGGUGGUGAUGGGUGCAGAGGAGAAAGUGGAGGAGAGGGAGGAGACGGGGGUGAAGAAGCUGGAACAGGAGGGGCAAGGCGGGGGGAGGACGGAGGGGAAGGGUGGGGGAAGGAUGGAGGCGACGGGGGAAGGGGGAGUGGGGAGGAAGGGGGAGGGGAGGAUGGAUGGGUGUCUGCGGAAUGGAAGGAUGGCGGAGGAGUUUAAGGGGGAACAGCAACAGCAGGGGCAACAGCAACAGGAGCAGCAACAGUGGCAUCAGCAGCAGCAGCAGCAGCAGCAGCAGCAGCAGCAGCAGCAGCAGCAGCAGCAGCAGCAGCAGCAGCAGCAGGAGCAGCAGCAGCAGCAGCAGCAACAGCAGCAGCAGCAGCAGCAGCAGCAGCAGCAGCAACAGCAGCAGCCACGACUGGAACCACCAUCCUCAUCUGCUUCCGCAGCAAGCUCCGUCACCCCCUCUCCUCCGCCCCUCACUGGGACUUCCCUGCCCUCUGCUUCCUCCUGUCCCCCCUCCCUCGUGCCGCUGCACGCUGCUUUUGGGUCCUCCUCCUCCUCCACCACCCCAUCGCCACCUCCGCUUGUUGCCUCCCCUUCGGCUCCUGCGAUUUCUGCCACUUCCUUCCCCGCUGUCUUCCAGGUCACAUCCGCCUCACACCACCGAGUGCGGUCGCUGCCACUGCCCUCUGCCCCCAUUCUCGGUCUCCUGCGCCCAGGAUCCCUCGUCGUCGCCACUGCACGUGAAAGCACUUGGCUCAGAGUGGUGGUGCCAGGGCACGCAGAGGCAUGGUCGUUGGCAUCCAAGGGCUCUGCUGCGUUCCUUGUGCCAUGCGCCACAUCCAUGCAUCUCAAUUCGGUUGUGGAAGCCACCGUCCUUGCACCAGUGGUGCAGCAGCAGCAGCCGCAGAGUCAGCAGCAACACCAGCAGCAGCAGCAGCAGCAGCAGCAACACCAGCAGCAAGAGCAGCAGCAGCAACAGCAGCGCCUUUCCCCUCCAUCAUCCUUCCCUCUGCCUCUCUCCCUCAUGCUGGCACAGCAGUCUGGCCCGCCCCCUGCUGCCUCUUCAUCCCUCAAACCCUCAUCAGCACCGUUUGUUCCCACAGCGACAGACAGUGCCGCUGCUGUUAGGGCAACCAGCAGUGCAUCAUCACCCGCAAUGGGAGUGGGGCAGUGGAUGGGUGGGGUAGCAGCAGGUGCGGCAAUGGCAGCAGCACAGAGUAAUGGUGGCGCCACAUUACAUGCCAAUGCACCCUUGUUCAUCCCCACUGGUGUCCCCACUGUCACAGUCCCCACUACCCUCGCUGCUGCCGCUCCCAGCACGUCUGCUGCUGCGCUGUGCAGCCCGAAUCCCCCCUUUCCUGGUGCUGCGACCGCAUACCCAGCAGCACCACCUGCGCCGUCCCUGUUGACAUUUGCAUCUGCGCCGUUCGUGCCUCAGCAACACGCAUCCGCUGCUCCCCAGCAUGUGUCCAUGGGGCCUCAGCAGGCCCUCUCAGCCUCUAUGCAUGUGGUACAUGCUCCUCAUGUGGCCUCUGCUGCUGCUGCUGCUGCGGUGGCGGCUCCUCUUGCCAUGCAUGCUUCUGCUGCUGCUGCUGCUGCUGCUGCUGCUGCCAGUCCCUCACCACCACCUCCGACAGGCACCAUGGGCGUGCAUUUGCACCUGCAACCUUCCCAGCAGCACGCUCACGCUCACACCCCCCAGCAGCACGCGCAUGCUUCUCAGCUGCACGCACAGCCCCCCCAGCAGCACGCUCACCCGCCUGACAUCUGUCGCUGGUGCUUCACCCGGCGGUCCGAGUACCUUAUUGUGGAUUGCAGUGAGUGGGGGGGUUGCAGUGAGUGGGGGGAUUGCAGUGAGUGGGGGGAUUGCAGUGAGUGGGGGGAUUGCAGUGAGUGGGGGGUUGCAGUGAGUGGGGGGAUUGCAGUGAGUGGGGGGUUGCAGUGA